AUGGCUCAGAAGUCCAAGUAGGUAUCUCCCUUUUUUCAAAAGUAUUAUCUAGUACACCUCAACAUUACAACCACUGACCUAUACGAUAAACAUUAACAUGGCCAGGUUACCAUUAUUUGAGAUUCUUACAUACAGUGUAAGAGUUUGAUGUACAGAAAUCUUAAGACAUUUUAAUUAUCAUUAAAGUAAUAAUAUUUACUUUUCAGGUUCCAAUUGGCAUCAUUUUCAAAAAUGAAAACAUCAAUGAGGACAUGGUUUCCAUCCUGCAGCAAUUCUUUUCCUACCUUCCAAAAACUGGAGAUGGUGGUGUUGAUGGUCAGCUAUUCUCUGGUGACCAACUAACAGUAGAAAGGGCAGUUAAUGUAAUUUCCUCUGUAGCAAAUGGUUUUACCCCAGAGGAUCGUUUAGAAGGCAUUAACCUUCAGUUGGGUGAUUGGCAUGCAGCUGUGAAAGUUCUAACUGUAAGUCAGACAACUAUUAGUAGCUGUAUGUAGUAAGGGCAAUAAACAAUUUAUUAUUAGUUUAGAUUAAAUUUGUCUAAUGAAUGUUUUUUUUUUUUUUUUAAUGCAAGUUUAUCUGACUUUGGGUUUCUACCUGCCCAGAAUGUUUUUACUCAGGCAGUAAAAGACGAUAAGAUUCAUAAUAGCAGUGAUACCGGAUGCAAAUGAGGUGCAGGCACGCAAAAACCACCAACGUGUUUGUGGUCUUUUUAAUACUUACUGCUGCCUUCCCUCUGAAAUACGACCACGAGGGUAUAUGUGUAAGACCUCACACUUUCUACUGGCCGGGUUUGGAGUUGCUUACGCAUUUCACUGGCUGGAAUAUUAGGAUAUUUGGUUGUUUCUCGUCUUCAGUGAACUGUUGGACUGAGAGCCCUAUUUGCAUAAGGAACAAUGCCACGUUAUUGGCUGGAGUCGAAGUAUUGUUUCACUAUUCAUGGAACAGUGAUCUCUCUAUUGGUGUUGUUCUCACCAAUCUGUUUAAUGGCUCUGCUUGUAUUACAUUCUUCCGACGUCCAUGGAUCAGCUACUACGUUCCACCCGAGUUCCUGGGAAUUUUGAAUAUGCCUGAUUUCUCAUGUCGGUUACGCCUACGUAGGCACAGGUGUCCAAUAGCCUACUAUGCAAAUUCAUGUGCCUCAUUCCAUCAAGUGCUAAUUGGCGCUCUGGUCUUCAAACUUAAUCCUGGUCCUGAGGGAUGCGGUAUAUCAACAAUUGUGAAAUCACGCCAUUAAAAUAAUGGAACUUUACGGGCGCCUCAAUCACGUUCUUCAUUGUCUAAAUCAACAACUGGGAAUGUCUCAAACUUUACUAAAGUGCAUUGUUUGUCUGCCAACUACGUAAAUGGGGUCUUUUUAUCAUUUUGUCACAUGAAUGCCCAGUCGGUGCGUAACAAGACAGCCAAUUUUGUAGAUUACGUCUGUGAACGUAGAUAUGACUUGGUUGUGAUUACCGAGACGUGGCUCCAGCCCCAUGAUGAUGCGCUAAGAAUAGAACUGUGUCCUCCUGGUUACAAGUUUAUUGACUUUCCACGACAAGAACGGACAGGUGGAGGCAUUGGACUACUGUACAAGGAUUCACUUCGUGUUAGCACGACUCGAGAUGGAAUUCAAGAGUCGCUUGAAUUUUGCGAGUUGUUGGUCCAAACGUCGACUUCCCACAAGAUACAACUUGUGAUCGUCUACCGUCCACAGAAUUGUGAUGACCACCGCAGGGUUCCCAUUAACACUUUUCUGAUGGAGUUUUCUGACCUGAUGGAGUCCACUAUUCUAUCCAAAGAGCCUUUGAUUGUCAUUGGUGAUUACAACAUACAUGUGGAUGUUCCUAAUGACACUGAUGCACUUAAGUUUUUAGAUCUGCUUGAGUCUCUCGGUUUGGAGCAGCAUGUGACAGAGCCAACGCACAUACGUGGUCACACCCUGGAUCUUGUUAUAACAUGAAAUAUUGAGGAUAUUCUGGCGAGUCCACCACGCGCCUGUCGCUAUUUCUCCGAUCAUGCAGCUGUACAUUGUCAUGUUGCCAUAAGUAAGCCGUCAUUUCAGACUAGGAUAAUAAAGUUUAGGAAAACUAAAUCCUUGGACGCUGAGAGCCUAUCGAACGAUGUAGUACUUAGAGGGCUAUGUGAUCAAGGUAAUAGCAAUCCCAUCACCCCACUGGAUUUGGAUGUACUUGUAGAGGAUUACACGACCACACUCUCUCAAGUUCUUGAUCGUCACGCACCUUUAAAAACCAAAACAGUGCGGGCUAGGCCCAAGGUACCCUGGUAUACCAGUGAGAUAGCCGAGGCAAAAAGGCGACGCCGGAAAGCAGAACGGAGAUGGAGAAGAACACGAUCACAGGAAGACUUGUUGGCAUUCAAGAAACUCAAGAACCACGUUACUUAUUUAAGUACACGGGCUAAGCAUGCUUUCUACUCAGACUUUGUGAACGACAAUAGUGAAAACCAACGAAAGCUAUUCAGGGCCACUCGAUCAUUGUUACUUCCUAGGAAUGAGUUGUGUUUUCCAGAAUACACGGACAACUCAAUCUUAGCCAACGAUAUCGAGCGGUUUUUUCACCGUAAGAUUGCAAAGAUUCGGGCAGAGCUUGAUGCGUGUACUCUUCAUCCUAGGGCGGUGGCUGAGGAUAGAGUGUUUACAGGCGAUAGGAAACUUGAUCAUUUCAAUACGUAUUCUGUGGAUGAUAUAAGGAAGCUAGUCAGUAGAUCAUCGAAGAAAAGCUGUCAACUUGAUCCUACGCCGACCAAUUUAAUAGUCGGCAUGUCCGAUAUGCUUCUCCCCAUCGUCACUAAUGUCGUGAAUUCUUCACUUUCCUUGGGACACUUUCCAUCUGAUUGGAAAACGGCCCUUGUGGAUCCAAGACUGAAGAAGACCAAGCAAGGUAUGGAGCGUUAUUAGGGUCAAAUUUAGAAAACAAAUUAUGUUAUGGUGUUUGAUAUUUCAUUUGGCCGAACUACAGAAUUAUGUUCCAGUGUUGCAUGGAAUUAUGUUCGGCUCUUUUAACUUCAAUAAAAAAUGCAAUAAACUAUGUUCGGCUCUUUUAGAAUUGUGUUGGGAGUAUUUCACUUAUAACUAGGCUGGCAGUUUUUUUGAGUUUAGUCCAAUUUUGUUUGGCUCCUCCGAAUUAUGUUCGGCAAGUAGACUGGUAGCCUCGCGAUAAGAAAUUCACGAGGAGUCCCGGGGCGAGAAACAUUUCCCGCGCUCUCUAUAAUUUAUUCUAAUUAUUACCAGUGUUCCUGUACUGUUCUGUCGAACAUGGCGGACAACAAACGUGGAAGAGGCGAUUGCGACGAAAACCAAGAAAAUCGAAACGAAUGCAAAAGUGCUAAAGCAAUUAAACUUCUACGGGAAGUUACCUCGCUUCUCAGUGAGGGUGAUAGCGAACCAUAUCAACCGGCAGCUGAACAGAUUAGUCAAGCACAUGGUCAGGUUGGAGCAAGUGGUAUUGUGCAAAAUUUCCGCAAACUGUUUGCCCCCUACAGUGUUCAUAACAGUACUCCUUUGUCAUCUUCGAGGCAAACCAAGAGGAACUAUCCGAAACCAAAACUAUUUCAGCCAAAAGAAACGUGGACACACGAGUUCUUCUGUUUGGCUGCGAAAGACCAGUCCCGAGCUCCAACAAGAGCAGCCAAAUUCGCCUUCAACGAAAAAUCGACAGAUUUUGAGGAUUUCCAGGAAAAAUUUUUAGAAGCCUGUGAGAAUUAUAUUGGUUAUGGUUCCAUUUAAUUCUAGACAUGGACUUUGUAAGGAUCUCUUUUUAUUUAUAUUGUUACAGUUUAUAAGCCACUAGUUUUGACUGCAUUGCUCACGUUAAUCACUGUUGAAUUUUGAAAUGUAACAAAUGUAUCUCCUCUGCCAGCUUGUCAGAGUGUAGUCUCGGCCAUGAUGAUGUUUUUUUUUCUUCGGUUAUUCAAAAGUAAAAAUCUAGCGCCGGGACUUGAAAUGAAAAAUGUUAUACCACAGGCCACCUUUGGAAUGUUUUGGUUUGGUCGAGCAUUUGUUAGAAGCAAAUAUAAGAACUCUUUCUAAGUUAAAAAAUGGAUGUGACAGACCAUUAGUGUUUUCAAGAAAUGGAUGUCAUUAUCAGUAAUUACAAGUUCUUGCACCUUUUUUAACGGUGGUACAUAUUUGGAUGUUUUAUUAAACUCAUUUCAUUCAUAUAAUUUGUCCCUUUUUUUUUAAUCUUUAACUGCUCGUUGCUGUUUCUUGAAGAAAUGUUAGUACCUCCAGGUAGAUGUCAACUCCAUAUUCAUCACUGUUGCGUAGAGGGUUAAUUAAGUUUGUGAGUGAUGAUUACUGAGCUGGUUCCAGUGGGUUUGUUGUGUUGGGAACUUCAACUGGAGUUUCAUCAUCUAAGCUAACAUCUGGUGCAGGGCCAUCCCAGUCAACACCAUAGUAGUCACCCUGAAAAACUUGUAAACAACACAUUUCAUGAUGGCUGUAUGCCACACGCAUGUUGUGAACCAAUUUACUGCGAAGUACUUCUUGUUAAUAAAAAAAAUUGCAAUUAAUCUGUUAUUGUUUCUUCAUAAUCCUGGAAGAAAAUUGUUCAUGGAGACUACUCAGGUAGAUUUAUUCUCCAAGCUACUUUACAUGUAAGAGCUAUUAUUGUGACUGCACUUUUGGAAACAAGCUGAAAGGUUGUACUUCUCCACUUGUGUCGACCACAAAUUGGAUAACAUGAGAAACAAGUCUGAAAAUCACUAUAACAUUGCAUGAAUAUCAAAACUAUAACAGAUUCUUGCAAAGUCCUUAUCCCUCCCUCCCCACCCUUCCCUUUUCAAAACACACCUGACUCCAGAAUUCAUCAAUUCCACGAUUUGAAGCUGAGACAGCACCAGAGAUCCACAGUUGAAGAGGACUCUUUCCCCUCUCUGUAGAGAUGGGAGCCCUGUUAUGCCCUUGGGCAAAUAAUUGCAUUGUUUGGUUAAUUCUUGGAACAUACACAAAGUGAAGGGUAAAUAAAUGAAGCUCAUUUUGAUGCGUCAAGCAUUCCAGAACGUUCCAUUGCAUAGAAAAGGUUGUAGUAUACAUGAAGACACCCACAAAAAAGGUCUCUCCAAAGACGUUCUAUUCUUUGGUUAUGUACGCUUCGCCCAGCAAUAUGGCUCCCUCUAUCACGUCUGCGCAACGGGUGACUCAACAUGUAACGUGCAACGUCUACAUUCUCGCCACCCUUAUCGGACCGUACUCUUGAAGGUAGACCAAAACUCCCAACUGCUUGGAGAAAGCAAUCGAGUACCGUACUUGCCACAUUUCAAAAAAACAAUCAUUCUCGAGAAGCCGUCAAUUCUGCCAUGUAUUACAAAUCGCCAUCUGAAAAUUAACAAACAGUCAAAACCUUUAACUAUCCUGGUCUCUGAUGACUCUCCGACCCCACCACCCAUACCCUUGUCGUUGUGUUUGAUAAGUAUAGAAACCACCAAAUUGUGGAACAAUGUGCAGGUAAGUUUUUGCGACUUCAAAAUUGUUAGAUAUCGUUAGUUUUGUUAGUGUUCAUACCUUGUGUACAGUUCUCACCGUACACAAGGUGUGAACUGCUUGGCAUAUAACGAGGUUUCAUACAUUUACCUUAUUAGUUUAUGAUUCCCGUCGAUAUGCCACAAGGCAAGAGGGCCACUAAUUUCAUAUCUUCUCCGGUGAACAGUUCGCAGCUCAAGGACUCUCAGGAGGACGCCCUCGGGAUUGACUCUUCUCAUACACUCCCUGAUGCGAUUUUGCUGGAUUCUAUGACCUGAAUUGAGCAAGAGGCCUGUCAUCCUCUUGUAGCCACAAUUGGGAAAUUCUCUCAUUAAUUCUUCAACAAGGCCAUCCAAAGUUUCAUCAGUAAUGUUUGAAUAUCUUUGCCUCACAAAUGUUUCAUACUCACGAAUUCUUCGUUUAACAGUGCUUUCACUGACACCAAGCAGAGAUGCAAUCUCUCCAGAUUUAAACCCCAAAUCUAACAAAAACUCGAGCUGAUCCUUUGCAAUGAUAAUGCGUGGUCUUCCUCGCUCGCCAGUAGUUGCAACCUCUGCUUGAAACGCGACGUUCUCACUACAACUACCAUUCUCAUUUUCUCUAAGCAGUUCUUUCGCUUCUUGAAUAAGGGCCAGUACUGCCUUCCCAGAAGGGAUAUUGUCACAAUAACGUUACUCAGUCGGGUUUGUAUCCCAUUCUCCAGUCAGCCUAUCGACUUGGUCAUAGCACAGAGACUGCCCUAUUGAAGAUACAGAAUGACAUACUAGCUGCAAUGGACAAUCAACGAGUUACUCUUUUGGUAUUGCUAGACCUGAGUGCAGCAUUUGACACGAUUGACCACCAAGUGUUGUUGAAUCGCCUGUGCGUGACGUAUGGAAUUACAGGUACCGCUCUUAAAUGGUUUCACUCGUAUUUAUCAAACAGGAAACAGCGAAUCCUGAUUAACGGGAGCUAUUCGAGUGACUUUGAUCUGCCUCAAGGGGUACCUCAAGGAUCAUGUCUUGGUCCCUUGCUCUUCACAUUGUACGCAAGUAAGCUCUUCGAUGUUGUUGAAUCCCAUCUCCCUAACUAGAGCACAACGCAACAUUAGAUGAGAGAUCUGGACACUAGUUAUGAUUUGCCCGAUAGGUGCCUGGCGCGAGCCACUUGUAACAAGCUGUACUUUGCACAUGUUUCUAUCAUUCUCUUACGAGGAUGCUCGCCUUUCUAGGAUAAAUCUCUCGAUGAAAUAGACAAAGUCUUAUCUAUGAUAGAAACAUACUUCAACACGGAUUGAUCUGGCGAACGAGACACCGGUUGCAAGCGGACUACCCAGUAAUACGUCGAACAGAGGAGAACGCGGCCGUCGAUCGCCGAUCGACCGCCAUCUUUGUUUUCUUCCCGGACUACAAUAGUACGCAAUGUCGAAGAAAUACAAAUGCCCAUUCCCCGAAUGCACCUACGAGACAGAGGAAGUUACAGACGCUGCCAUGUCAGUCCUUCUAUCAGUGCACUCUUCGGGAGUACAUGUCACCCAGGAACAGUGAACACGAUCAACCCCAACAGUAGCACGAAAACUCGAAAGAGUACGCCGCCUGACAAUUUCGCAGCGGGAUCGAGUGAGGAUUGGUCGUAUUUUCUAACGCGUUGGGAUUAUGUUGCGGCAACUAAUGUCACCGGCAAAGAAAAGGUAAUCCAGCUCCUCGAAAAGCUGCGAUGAACAACUUCGCAAAGACCUGACAAGAAACGCGGGCGGUUCCCACCGACAAAACCGCAGAUGAGGUCAUGGCAGCCAUAAAAGAGCUUGCAGUACGGGAGGAGAACGCAAUGGUCGCCCGUGUGCAGCUACACAACAUGCGGCAAGACCGGGAUGAGACGAUCCGUAGUUUUGGUGCCCGCCUUCGCGGCCAAGCUGGUGUUUGCAAGUUUUUAGUCACUUGCCCUGGCUGCAACAUAGAGGUCAACUAUACGGAAAACGUCCUUCGCGAUGUCCUCACACGUGGCCUGGCUGACAGCGAAAUCCAAUUAGACCUGUUGGGGGAACGAAACCAAGACAUGAGCCUUGAGGAGGUGUUCCAAUUCAUUGAGGCAAAAGAGGCCGGCAAACGGUCAGCAGGCCGCCUGUCACAAAGCCACAGUACAGACGCCGCACAAAGUCAGUAUCGUCGUGCCAAAAAUGAUGAGGUCAAGCAACGUAAGGAUGGGGACGCGAACGAACUGUGCUCUUAUUGCAACAAGAGAGGGCAUGGCAAGAGCGCCACCGACCAGAAUCCGCCGUCAUGACUGCCCAGCUUAUGGCACCAUCUGCAACAAGUGUGGACGGCAGAACCACUUUGCCAGCGUUUGCCGCAGCAGGGGCAAAAGCAACAGGCCCCAACAGCCGCCGACACCCAUUGGCAAGAGCAGAGAAACGGAAAGCGCAAUUUUUGACUCACUUUGCACCACAACUAGCCUCAGCAGGCCAAGCAAAGGAGUCAUCUCACUCGACCACCACCUCUACUGCCACCUAACCGAUCACUGGGUUCGACAGCCAUCCAAGCCUCAACCGUUCAUAACGCUUUUUUACAGCGACAGCCCAUCCUGAAGACUACACAGCCCUUGGAUACAACCCACCCAAAUCACAGUUGGCAACAGCACAACUCUCUGCUAUGGCUGACACAGGCUGCCAGAGCUGCUUGGCUAGCAUAAAAGUCAUCCGUUGCCUGGGCCUCUGUGAGAGUGACCUGAUACCCGUCACUAUGAAAAUGCACGCUGUGAACAACAAAGGGAUCAGCAUCCUGGGCGCAGUCAUCUUAAGGUUCUCGGGCAGGUCUCCAUCCGGAAAAGCCCUGGAAAGCCGACAGAUCGUAUAUGUGACAAGCGACUCAGACAAACUUUUCCUCAGCCGAGAGACAUGCAUGGCACUGGGCAUUAUCACUAAGAACUUCCCCAUGUUGGGGGAGACCCUAAACACAUGCAGCUCAAUCGAGCCAGACACAGCCUGCAAUGCAACUGCACCAACCCCGUCAGACAGAGAUAUGCAAACUUCUGAGGGCUCAGACAGCCCCCCAUGCACCUGCCCGCGUCGCAUCACACCGCCACCGAAGCUCACAACCACCCCUUUCCCAGCAACAGAGAACAGUCGGAUGAAGAUGCAACAGUGGCUGCUGGACUACUACCGAACCAGCACCUUCAAUACAUGCGAGCACCAGCCGCUACCCCUAAUGGAGAGCAUCCCUAUGAGGCUAAUGGUUGACCCCCAAGCGAAACCAGUCGCACACCACAACCCCAUACCAGUGCCACUUCACUGGCAAGAGGAGGUAAAGGCAGGACUCGACCAGGACGUCUCACUGGGUGUCCUCGAACCAGUGCCAGUAGGAGAACCCGUCACCUGGCGCCACCGCAUGGUUGUAUGUGCUAAAAAGAAUGGCAAGCCCCGCCGCACAGUCAAUUUCCAGGCGCUCAACCUCCACGCGACACGUGAAACCCACCACACGCAAAGCCCCUUCCACCAGGCACGUUCAAUCCCAAGCAACACCAAAAAGACCGUGUUUGACUGUUGGAAUGGUUACCACAGCGUUCCCCUCCAUGAGGACGAUCGACACCUCACCACCUUCAUCACUCCAUGGGGUCGCUACCGCUAUAAAACAGCACCUCAAGGCUACAUAGCUUCUGGCGACGGCUACUCAAGACGGUUUGAUGAGAUCGUGUCCCACGUUCCUAACAAGACCAAAUGCAUCGACGACACCCUUCUCUGGGCAGACAACCUUGACCAAAGUUUCUUCCAGGCGGUUGACUGGCUCAACCUCUGCGGACACAAUGGUAUCAUACUUAACCCAGACAAGUUCGUCUUCGGAGCCGACACUGUCGAAUUCGCAGGAUUUGAGAUCACCCCAAGCUGUGUGCGGCCAUGCAAACAAUACCUUAAUGCCAUCCGCAACUUUCCAAUCCCAGCCAACAUCACGGAUGUCCGCUCCUGGUUUGGCCUGAUCAACCAGGUCUCCUAUGCCUUCGCAGCGACUGAGCGCAUGUUGCCAUUCCGCCAGCUCCUCCAGCCCGGCACCCCUUUCCAAUGGACCGACGAACUGCACACACUCUUUGAAGAAUCCAAAUCAGUGAUUAUCAGUGAAAUCGAAGAGGGUGUGCGUAUCUUUGACAAAUCUAAACCAACCUGCCUGGCAACCGACUGGUCCAAAAGCGGCAUCGGAUUCUGGCUGUUCCAGAAACACUGCCAGUGCCCAUCCCCGAACCCUUCUGUUGUCGUACAGGCUGGAAGAUCACUUUGGUUGGGAGCCGUUUCACACACGCCGCUGAAUCACGCUAUGCCCCCAGUAGAGGGCGAAGCCCUAGCCGUUGCCGACGCGCUUGACAAAGCACGAUUUUUGUCCUGGGUUGCAGUAACCUGAUCAUUGCUGUCGACCACAAGCCCCUCCUAAAAGUGUUUGGAGACCGGUCCCUUGAAGAUAUCACCAACGCCCGGCUCCGCAACCUCAAGGAGAAAAGCUUACGUUACCGGUUCAGAAUGGUACACAUCCCUGGCGUGCGACACAAAGCUGCCGAUGCUGUAUCCCGCCAUCCUACGGGAACCACCAAACCAGACCUGCUAGUCUUGCCAGACGACAUAGCCGCGGCAACCGCAACCCUGGCCGCUCUCCCGCAAUUAGAUAACUCCGGACGCUCCUUCUUGGCCGGCAUCCGCCACACCGAACCACAACCGGGCACUUGCUCCAUCACCAUUGACGACCAGCUAGCCUCAUCAGCCUCAUCGGCAUUAAACACUAUUGCCGUCACAUGGGAUAGGGUCAAGCUGGCCACAACAAGCAGCAGGGCAAUGACCCAGCUAAUUCAUCUUAUCGAGACUGGAUUCCCUAAAUCCCGUAACGAGCUACCACCUGCCCUUCGGGAGUACCAUCAAUUUCGCGAACACCUCUAUACAGUUGAUGGCAUCAUCCUCUACAAGAAUCGCAUCGUGAUACCACCCUCUCUCCACCAGCAUAUUCUGACUGUCUUGCACUCAGCCCACCAAAGUGUGACUUCCAUGACAGCACGCGCCGAAAGCACAGUGUUCUGGCCAGGCAUCACCCCAGCCAUCAUUGCCCUACGGGAAACCUGCAACCACUGCAACCGCAUGGCACCCUCUCAACCGAGUUCACCGCCCUCUCCAGUUGUACCACCAGCCUACCCGUUCCAAUGUGUUUGCGCCGACUUCUUUCACUACAAAGGGGUUACCUACCUUGUUAUCGUAGACCGCUACUCCAACUGGCCCCUCGUUGAGCGAGCAAGAGAGGGAUCUACAGGCCUGAUUGACUGUCUCACGACGAACCUUUGCCACAUUCGCAUCCCAGACAGACUUCGCAACAGAUAGCGGCCCUGAAUUCACAGCAACAGCCACACGCCAAUUCCUGAAAGACUGGGGCAUACACCACUGUCUGUCGCCGGGUGGCAUUCCCACACUCAAAUUGCAGGGCAGAGAUUGGCGUCAAAUCAGUCAAACGGUUCAUCACUGACAACACCACCCCAUCUGGUAGCCUAGAUACUGACUCCUUCCAGCGUGCAGUCCUUCAAUAUCGAAACACACCCGACCCGAAUACUCAGCUAUCCCCUGCACAAUGUGUCUUCGGCAGGCCAAUCAAGGACUUCAUACCUAUCUUACCUGGUCGCUACCAACCACACCCUACCUGGCGUGACACCCUCGCGACAAGAGAGGCAGCACUAAGAAACCGCCACAUGAAAGCUGCAGAGAGAUGGUCUGAGCACACCAAGCGACUCCCACCCCUGGCCGUUGGUAACCAUGUUCGCAUCCAGAACCAAACAGGCCCCUACCCCACUAAGUGGGAUAAGACAGGAGUCGGGGUCGAGGUUCGCCAAUUCGACCAGUAUGUCAUCCGCAUCGACAGCUCAGGGAGGAUGACUACCCAAAACCGCAAGUUCUUAAGGAAAUACCUCCCGCACGGACCACACCACCCCACCUAACAAUUGAUGACGACCUGCGCCAUCUUGCUAUGCUGCCACACAGACCGCCCAAGCCAAUCACCCCCACCCCAGCACAAGCAAGGAUGCCCCCACAACCAUCCCCUGCACAGCCACUAACUGGGCCAACCCCGGCAGCAGUGACACCUGACCACCACAGCCCCAGCCCAAAGCCAAAUGCACCACAGAUACAACUUAGCAACCAAACACCUUCCCCAUCUCCUGAGCACCCCUCGACAGCAACUCCACGAACGCACGUGUCCAGCCCCCAAGCAGAUCCAUUGGUGCCGUCAAGCCCGCCCAAAACCCCAGAACGACCAAAGAAACCUCCCUUAGCCCCCAAGGCCGGCUACGGGACUUUAACUCCAAAGGACUAUUGGAACAGUGACUUAGUCAUUAGAUCCAUGAGACAGUCAAAUGACACUAUUCCAUAUUUAGUUUUGUUCUUUAAUUCAAAUUAACAUUUGUGUUCUUAUCAGUCUUAACUAUCCCCCAUAUGCAAGCAUGAGGAACACUAAAGACUUGGGGAGAGAUAGAGCACAACGCAACAUUAGAUGAGAGAUCUGGACACUAGUUAUGAUUUGCCCGAUAGGUGCCUGGCGCGAGCCACUUGUAACAAGCUGUACUUUGCACAUGUUUCUAUCAUUCUCUUACGAGGAUGCUCGCCUUUCUAGGAUAAAUCUCUCGAUGAAAUAGACAAAGUCUUAUCUACUAACGUUCACGCAUACGCUGAUGAUACGCAGCUCUAUAUCUCAUUUAAGCCAGAUGGUUCUGCUACUGAGACGGAUGCUGUUGACGCUCUACAAGCUUGCAUCGGGGACAUAAGAACCUGGAUGGUCCAAGACAAACUUCGGCUGAACGAUGCUAAGACUGAGUUUCUUAUUAUAGGUACACGCGCACAGUUAAAUAAGGUUAUGAUAAGUGACUUGCAAGUAGGUAAGGUAAAGGUUUCUGCGGUUUACUCUGUUAGAAACCUGGGUGCUUGGUUUGAUGCAAACAUGAAUAUGACCACACAUAUUAACAGCAUAUGUCAGAAUAUUUAUUACCAUCUACAUAACAUUCGGCGUAUUAGAAAGUAUUUAUCAUAUGAUAAUAGGAAGUCCAUUGUACAGGCUAUUAUAAUGUCACGAUUAGACUAUUGUAACGGUCUAUUAUAUGGUACGCCCGCUGGUCAUCUUGGUAAGCUGCAAUGCCUGCAGAACGCGGGUGCUCGGCUGGUAUGUACUAUAUCUAGGUAUGAUCCUAUCACACCAUCCCUGAUCAACCUGCACUGGCUUCCAGUUACCCACAGAAUAGAAUUCAAGAUAGCAAUGCUAGUUCACAAAUGUAUCUACGGUGUCACACCACAAUAUCUUUCAGACUUGAUAAAAAUCAAAGAGAGCUCGCGGUAUCAGUUGAGAUCAUACCGGGGUUAGGGUUCCUAAUGGACAAUACCUAUAGAACAAAAAAGACACUCGGGGAUAGGGCAUUUGAAAAUGCUGCGCCCAAAGUAUGGAAUCGACUCCCUCUAGAAAUUAGGCAAUGUCAAUCAUUGAACAUUUUUAAAGUUUUACUAAAGACACAUCUUUUUAAAUUAGCUUUUUAUUAGUUCUUUUAUUAACUCAUAUUUUACUUUUAUUGUUUUCCGAAAAUUGUAAAUUAUUAUUAUUAUUAUCAUUAUCUGGACUAGCCAUUUAUUACUUUAAGAUUUUAGUGUUGUAAUGCGCACUCGAUCAUAUCUUUAUCGCAUGCUAGACUGCGCAAUAUAAGAAAUAAACAUUAUUAUUAUUAUUAUUAUUAUUAUAAACAGUAAUGCAAGGCAUUAUGAUCUUAACCAUAGUAAAUUACAAAAUUAUCACAAUUAUUAUUGGAAUUUUCCCCUAUGUUCACCUGAUACCUAUCAAAGCAACAAAUACCAAUCAUAAGUUACUUGUUUCAACAGUUAAUAUACUCCUGAUUCUUCAGUAGCAAGUCAGAUUCAGAUCUCGGCACCCUUUUUCCAGACCGCACCCUUAUCAACUGGAGGAAUGUAACUGGUGAUCCUCAUUCUUCUUUCAGAGCAAAUGGGGACUUUCUCCCUGUCAUUUUCCUGUCACAAUGUUAUCACAGCUGCAUGACAGUGUUGGGAUUUGCUGACAAAUCAAGUGCCCCAGAACACUACCCCCUGCCAGAAGACAUGGAGAAAUUGAGAAAAGCCCAAAAACUUGAGUACCUCCAUGGCAUCUCUGAAAAGGAGGUUGAUUCUUUCAUUUUCCAGUCAGAAGAACAAAUGCAAAAACUAAAAGCUGAAGAAGAGAUAGACAUUUUGCAGCAGCAAGAAGUUACUGCUAAGGGAAGAUUUCCCUGCAGAUUCCCUGGAUGCAACAAGUCAUUCAAGUACAAUGGCAAAACCAGAAGGAACCAUGAACUGUUCCAUCAUCCACGUGUUCAGUUUAAGGAUUCCAUGAUAAUGACUCAAUCUUCACCCGAAUGCACAGCCCUUCAAAAAGAAACAAAAGCAGGUGAUGAUGUAUACAACUAUAACUGUGCAAUUCUACCAGACUGCUUUUUAUUUUUUAAUUUUCUUAACGCUAUUAAAGAAGGGGAUGGAGAACGAAUUGUGCAGCAAUACAAGUACAUCAUGCUUUCUUGUAAGGCCAAUGGCUCACAUAGCACCAAGUAUGCACUAGAAUGUUUAACUCAGUUUUUCUUUGUGUUUGCACUGUUGUCGCAAAGAGACAGUAAGCAGUUUGUAUGGAACCGCUCUGUAAACAACAGUGGUAAAAAAGCUGCUUAUAUCCCAAUUGAUGAAGACACGGAACAUGAGAGCAAUGCCAUAAAGCAAGGCAUUAGAAAUAUUGGGCCUUAUGUCACUGAGAAUGCUGUUCAAAGAAUAUAUUUUCCACGACGUCCAACAGCAUCAAUACUGAGCAACCUUGUUAAUAGCAUCAAAUGA